GACGGUGUGCGCGCAGGUGGAGUCUUCUGGUCGGCCUCCUCUUCAUCUUGGCCUUCUGCGCCGUAUCCUGGUUCGCCAGUCCCAAGGGCGAGACACAAACUGNUCUGGCGUUCAACCCUCAUCCUCUCGGCCUGGAGCUGUUACCUCAUGUGGGGUAUGUACUCGACACUGUCAUUGCUGGACCUCCCAACUGACGGAGUGGAUANNGCUAUCACCUUCCUUGCCCAGUGGCACNCCCUCAUCCAACCCCAGCGAAGCGACCUGAGACCCGAGUACGUUCACCAUGGUUAA